CAAAAUAAUCUUGUGACAAUGGCUGAAGCAGUUCAACCAAAAUCAUCGACUAAGGCAAAAAAAAAAAAGAAAGAAAAGAUACAUGUUGUUAGUGAAGAUGAUAAACCAGGUCUAAAAUUAGACAUCAGUGACAAAACAAAAGUCUCAUUCAAGGAUGAAACUGAAAACACAGAAAAUGUGUUUAAAGAAGCAGAGAAAAAAGUACAGAAAUCAGAACCACAGAAAGAUGAAGAAAAGUUAUCUCAUGACCAAGAAGAAAAAGACAAAAAUGUUAAUGUACCAGAAACUGAAAGUUUACCAGUUCUAACAACUGAUGUUUUGAUUGAUGAUAUGGAAAAACUUAAAGUUGACGAAGACAAAUCUUCUGCUGAAAAUGUGCAAAAUAAUUACAUGGAAGGGACAAAAGAAGAAAAGAUUGAAACAAUACAUGAGAAUCAAAAUAUAAACUCAGAAAAAACAGAUGAGACUAAUGUGAACAAUGAUACAUGUAAAACAGAAAAUGUGCAAUCUGAAAUUAAUAGAAAAGAGUCUACUGAAAGCUUUAAAUCAGCACAUUCAUGCUUAAAUAAUAGCCUAGAACUAAAAGUAGUAAACGAACAUGAAGAAGUUGUACACACAAAACAAUUAGACAUAAAAAAUGACUUCUCUGAGAAGGAAAACUCUGUAAAUUUAUAUCCUAAUCUUAAGCCUGAUUUAGAAAAGCUUAAAAGAUCUGCCAUAGAACAAAAGGAACAGCAUAGAAAAGAAAGUUCACAAAUCCGUCAGCAUAUCAUUCAACCAUUAACAUUAGAGCAACUUAAGAGUCUGUAUUACAAUCCUCGAUUGAUACAGAUAGAUGCUAUUGUUGACAUGUUUAUACAGGAAGAUGAAAAGAAAGAUAACCAUGAAUUUUAUGAGAUUUUACUGAGUUACUUGAGAGCUCGGAAGAACCUAAUUCAGUCAGAAGGAGAGAUAAAAGUGUUACAUGAACAAUACACUGCAAUAAAGGAACAGUCAUGGGUUACUUCUAAACAUUUUGUCACUGCUAAGGGACCUUGUGGGGAUGGUGUUACAUGUAAAGCCAACCAUCAGUAUGAAAUGAUAGACUUCGAUGAUGAUGCUUUUAAAAGAUUAAAGAAAAGUCUAGAGACUAUCAGAGAAAAUUUACAGACCAAACUAUCACUUCAUUCUUAUUCCUCACAACUGGCCAGACUGCAAGUAGAGUCCUACAUCCACAACUUAUUUAUCACCAGUCCUUUACUGAGAGAUAUACCCAGUAAUGCACCACCACAAGCCUUAGGAUUACACAGCCCUAAUAAUCAGCACCAGAUAAAUAGAUUGAGAGACUGUAUUACUGUGCUGUAUAUGUUCCAUCGUAGACCAGUUAGUGAUAAUGAAUUUGUUAUCAACACAAGAGGAUGGACACAGAGACUGGUUUCUGCUUUGGUAAAAGUAGCAUCCUUUGAUGACCAUAUGUUUAUCCUCAAUCAUAUAUUACGUUGUCCAGCUGGUGUUGGAACCUGGGCAGCCAACUUCAUACAGAUGCCAGCUAUUCCACAGUCUGUGACAAGCUUUGGGAACCCUGCAUUAGACCAUUAUAUAGCUUGUUUAGCUCUUGUACUUACACCAAUAAGAGCAAGAGAGGACUUUGUUUGUCUGAUGAGAGAGGCUGUUAACACAAGUCCUGAUCCCCAACAAGUUACAAAUCCCUGGGUACUCAUAAACUGUGAUGGAGAGGAGGAUGAAGAUCCCAAGAAUGCAUGGAAAUAUUUACUGGAGAAUGAUUUUGUUGCCAUUUUAAAACAGUUUCCAGUGUCAGAGAUGUUUAAACAUGUUUUACUGAUUACCGGUACAGACAAUUUCCAUUAUGAUAUACAUAGAACUACAGAGUCAACAUUUAUAAAACAGCUGGCAUUUAGUACUUGUCUAAUUAGGAUAUUAGGUGAAGGUUUACAGACAUACAACAUGGCAAGGUAUAGACAGCUCAACAAAAGAAUAGGAGGGACCAUCAGAGAAGUAGUUGGAUAUGUAUCCAACCAUCUAGAGAGUUUCCUGUCACACAAUAGUCUACCAGAUGAUAUGGUUCACAGACUACAACUAGAGUAUGACCAGUUCUUUCUCAGGGCUACAAACUGUAUACUUACCUCUCAGAAGUUAGGAUCAUGGCAGUUUAUGACCAAUACCUCUUAUGCUACAGUUUCCAGGGAAACCAUGUGGAAGUUACUAUGGUUAUUACACCAGGGCACUAAUCAAAAUAUAGAUAUUGAUAGUCUGCCAACAGAAAACAAAUGUAGAGAAUACAUAAAUGACUGUUUUAGUACCAUGCAGUUAGCAGAUAUUGUUCACACAUCCAUGAUCUCUGCAGAGACUAUUUAUCUACUCACUGCACUUGCUCAUAUGGCAUCUUGUCGACCACCUAGAGAAUUUGAUUUUAUUCAAGCUGUGUCAUUCAGACUGUUUGAGAUAUGUUAUGUCUGUGCAGAGACAAGAGAAAUGUGUCACAAGUUAGGAAGAGACCUUCUAGUUUCCAUAGCAACAACACAUCCAUUUAUUAUCUCACUUAUCAUACAACAGACCAAUCUAAAUUUAGUAAACAUUGGUGGAAUGUCACUAUAUUUGUUUCAAACACUACCAUUCCACUUAUGGCUACCAAUGGAAAAUGAUAUCACUGUUAUAGAGGAAUGGCUGAUGACCUCUGAACUUACUUCAAAAACCAAUCAACUUGCUCAGUCUGUACUCAGUAAUAUAAACUGGGGUGUGGACCAACAGAAAAACAGACUGUUUAUUCCAUAUGAUGUACAUAAGAAGACUGCCAUUUUGUUAACUCAGGCUUAUGGGAAAUUUAUUGGAAGCAGACACCACUGGAUGUUCUUCACAGAAGGAAUGAAACAAGUUGCAUCAGUUGUAAAGCAACAACAGACCAAUGAACAACUGUUUAACAACUGGGCAUGGGACAUUGCUUUGAAACUCCACCUCCACCAUACUACACUCCCACCUAAUGAUGUUCAAUUAGUCAAUGCAGAAGGAGGUCCACCAGAUCUGGCCAAUGACAAUUCAUUUCUCCCUGUCACCAGAGGCCUGAAGGAAAGGAAUGCCAUGGCUUGCUAUGUUGCUAUACUUGUUUCUAAUAUUGGCCAUAAAUAUGGAGAUUUUAUACCAGCAGGAUUGGAAUACUUAUCAACAUUAUCAGAGAACUUCCACUACAAACCAACUAUCAAUGUAUUAAACUGUAUUGUACAUAUGUUCUUUGAGUAUCCACAUAUUCUGACAGAUAAUGAAAAGUUUCAGAAGAUAAUUCAGUCAUUGAUGGUAGCUGAUGAGUCGGCAUCAAAGCUUUCUAAGAUUAUCUGGUCACAGGAAUUCCCUGGACCAUUUACCAAGUGGUUUACUACAAUGAUUGAGGGUCAGUUAUCAACGUUUGUAAACCAAGGGAAUGUAGAAGGUGUGAUGAGAGGAAUCAGUUUCUGGAUAAAGAUGUUAACAAAGCCACCAAAGUGGUACCAUGACAAAAAUUCUUGCUAUGUAUUGGACCAAACAGUAAAAUCAGCAUUUAGACAUAAAAGUGGAUUGGAUACUGUGAAAGCUGCCCUGCAAGAAGCUUUUCAGAGACACCAGAAGGAAACCCAUCAACAAGGUGCAGUUUCCCAGUUCGUGAACUGGGUUUCAUCAGGAGCUAAUUUUAGUCAGAUCCCUUCCUUAACGGAAGUAAUGUGUAACCCAGAACUGUUUGGAUGGUUGUCUUUAGUGUUACUAGACAUGGAGUUCACAUAUGAAAAAGAUACACAACUGUGGCAUACAUUUAGAGAAGAAAUUUACACUGACUCUAAAGCUUCCCCAUCUCAUGCUUUAAAGAAAUGUGUGAGUAGAUUGAAGUUAGAACAAGCUCCAGGAUUAAACAGUAUGACAAUAUAUAGGUUUUCUAGAUUCAUGUUAGAUCUGCCAAUAGACCAUCCAGUGAUGCCUCUUAUUUGUCAGCGAUUCUUUCUUUUAUUCCUUGGACGACAAGUUUCACAGGCUAGUAAUCAGCACAGGGCUAGUGUUGGAGAAAAAAUGUUUGAAGUAUCAGGACAUUCUGGAACAUUGAAGAAAAUAAAGAAAAGAUUUAAUGAAGCAAUCAAUUUACAUAUGGACUAUCCCACUGCAAUAUCAGAAAGUAAUGCUGAUGAUCAGAGUAACAAUAUUGAAAAUUUUAAAUAUGUACCAAAGAAGGAAUUUCAUUUAAAUUUAGCAAGACUCUACCAGACCUAUCAACUGUGGGUAGAUGAACCUUUCCUCCAUGAUGCUAAGUUGUACAUCCCUGCUCUACCUGUACAAUAUGAUACUGGAAAGUUACUUCAAAUGUUUCAAAAUCAAACUAAUUUAUGGUUUGAGUAUGUAGAUAUUGAUAGAAUUAUAUAUGAGUUAUCACAGACGGCAAGUGAAUGGUAUCACUCAGCAGAACCUGGCUCACCUAGAAAAUCCUACUUACAUCAUACAGAUCAUAUCAAACAUGGAGCAGAUGGUAUUCUGUCUGCAUUGAAAAAAGCAGAAUUACCAGCAGAAUUACCUCCCCUUCAGCCAGUCAAACCACCAGUUCCAGAUAUAAGCACCACUGUAUUAGAGGACAAAUCUACUAUUCUACAUGUACUCAAAUCGGAUCUGAAUGUCAUUAAGGAAUAUGCCAAAUCAUUUCACAGUCGAUGUAACCACCAAGUUGCCAUAGAUGAUGACUUUUGUACUUUGUUACCCAAAUUACACUACAAUAACCAAAAACAGGUGAAAGUGACGACAGAAUGUAAAAGUCAUAUAAACCCACUACACAAGUGUUCAAAUCCAGCUGUCAUUAAUGUAAACAUCAGAGAAAAAGCCAGAGAUGAGAAUGUACAGCGACAAAUAGAUGAGAACCGUGCAGAAUACAAACAGUUGUUGAUAGAAGGACAAAACCCACCACCUGUUAAUAUUUGUGUGGCUGUAGUACACAUGGAAAAUGCAUUAACUAUGCUAGUAAAGCUGUUUAGAUCUUCAAAAGAUGACAUACAAGUCUCUAGAUUGAACGAUACUGUCUGCACCCUGUUUUUCCAGUUAGCUGAGUCUAUCAACGACGAUAUACAAUUCUAUCCACCAGCAAGACAGUUUUACUCAUCUUGUAUAGACUUACUAGGAAUGGAGUUUAUGCAAAAAGACCCUUCACAGACAGAGAACAUUCUUCAAUUUUCAUUGGACUCUCCACGCCUUGCUGGUCUUAUAUCACCACAUUUUAUACCUCUAAAUAGUCCUAGGAUCUAUGUGACAAUGUAUGAAAAACUGGUACAGAUUCUAAAGAGAGAUAAUCCUGAUCUUGUCUUUGUUCUUCUAACUAAGUUCGACAUACCAUUAUGGUUGUCCACCAUCAAUCCUGCUCAAAUAGAGAUGAAGCGACUGAUAGACGUUUUGGGUAUAGCCCUAUACAGCUGUGGUAUAGACCCAGACAAACCUCACAGCUUGGUCUUUGCACUAUACUGUAGUCACUUGAAGUCUUUGUUGAACUUCCAUUUCCCAUGUAAUCUGAAUGAUCUCCUGGGUCUCAUACUUAAAGGUUCUGUUGACCAGGCAUUACAUGAGAACUGUUGGCAGAUCCUGAACAAAUGUAUAUUUGAAGUAAAUGAAGAGGGAAGUAAUGAAACACAGAAAAUGACAGUAUUGUCAAUUGAUCAGAUUAGAACUGUGUUGCACCAACUAGGAGAUUUUUUCCUACAGAGUCGCUUAUUAGUAGCAGAUAAUAGUGCAUUUGGUCUGUAUCCCUGUUUAGCUCGGUAUAUUGAUGAGAUCAGGGACCUGAUACGUGAUCUCCUACUCUGUUUAAUGCAUAAGAUACUCCCUAACAUGUCGGACAUGAAUCCAAUCAGUGCUCUAGAUACAGUAUGGCAGACUAUUGUACAUACUUAUGCUCCAUGGAUACAGACAAUACAAAAUGAAAAGACACAGCUGUUACCAUGGAUACAAUCAGAUGCUGAGUCAGGAACAAAAAUGGUAGAAUCUGCUGUGACAGUCUUUGAACAAGUUUUUACCUGUUUUGCAGAUUUGAUUCCUCCAUAUCAACCAAACACCUUAGGAAAGGUCUGGAUGUAUUAUGCUGGAGUUUUAUGUCAUAAACUUUCACCACCACAUAUCAUUAAUGUAUAUACAUCUGUCCUCAGUCAGUUACCAUGGAAACACUUAAAACCCGACAGUUAUGUCUUACAGUCAAUGAUUCAGUUUAAAGAGUUAAAAUGCAAUGAAGGAUUUGACUUAUUGGCACAUAUAGUAUGUGAGUUAGAUUGGGCCGAGAUAUUACAAGUAUACCAACAAGUCUUCCAAGAUGAAAGUUUAGCUUUGUCUUCCACACUCAUACUGCUUAUACAGUGUUUUGGUGAACAGAAACAUAUUGAGAUUCCUGCUUUGGAGCCAAAGAUUGUAUCAGCUAUUAAUUAUAACUGGAUAAAGUUAACAUCUGAUAAUUAUCGUCAUGCCUUCAACUGGUACCUACAAAUGUGUGAUCCUAAAUACCUCAUAGCAGAAAGAUCAUCCACUGUCACCUUGGGACUAAGGCUUUUGAAAGCUGCCUCUGAUUUUAAUGUCCAGUCAUCUGUUAAUUGGACAUCAGAUAUGGCUAUCAAAAGACAAUGUUAUGUCCAUAGUUAUGUCCAGUUAAUCUGCCAGUGUACAUAUGAUAAUGAAAUUAGUAUGGAAUCCAUCACAACUGUAAUCUUGAAUUUGAUGACUGAUAUUGAAACAGUUGUGGCUAGUGUAGUUGACUCAAGAAUACAACAAGAGGAAAGCUUAGAUCUCAUGAAGGAAGUGUUGUCAUUACUUAACAACUGUAACCCUAGUAACCAAUCUGUUGUCGUGACAACUAUAAUACAGUGGUUAGAGUCAUCACCCAGUAGUAUAUUACUGUUACCGUGUGUGAGGAGUGCCUCGCGAUGUCUGGCAUCACAUAGACAUAUGGUUCAGAUAAUUGAGGAAUGUAUCCAAGCUUAUUUUGUAGGAGGUCAUGACAAACAAACAGGAGGUGGAUGGGACCAUGUUUUGGCAGCAAUCCAAGUACCUGACCUUGACAUUGAUGAUUACCUGACUGUAGCUUUGGAAGAAGGAUCAUACCUGUUGUUGUAUGGUUACAUUGUACAGAACCUACCACUGUGUCAAUCUUUAGAACAGAUGAAUGUUUUACUGGGAAGACUUCUAGAUUGGACAGGCAAAGCUAAACCUAGCUCUGACAAUGAAUGUAAGCUGUUAUUAUGGUGGUCCAUAUUGGUGGAUAUAGUACUGAAAGAAGUGAAUUUUGGUGCUUCACACAAAGUGUUGAUAAAGAUGUUAAACACCCUUAUAUCUCACUUACAUCAGUAUGGAGAAGAUAGGUUGUCGACUGGAUUACUAGGAGCAAUAGGACUUGGUAAAAAGUCCCCUAUGUCACAACAGUUCAGGAUAGUGUGUCGAGCCUUAGCAGCCAUGUUGUCUGCACAGAUAUUUGGUGAAUCACUUCUACGAUGUCCCGGUGAACCUGCUGUAUCAACUUCCUCCUCAAAACAACAGCUAACAUUCCUUCAUUCAUUAAAAAGCAACAGACAGUAUCAUCAGUUUAAAUCAGAUAUUCAAAUGUCAUGUGACUUUGUUACAAGCCCAGACAAAUACUUAGCUGAUACAGUGGAUCUCCUCGGCAGACUUAGCACUAUAUUCUAUAGUGAUAAAAAGUUCUUAUCAGUUUUGCAUAAUUUCCAUUCAUAAUAUAUAUGUACCUGUACUGUUGAUUUAUAUGUAUAAUUGUUAUUUGGUUGUUGUUCAUUUUAUUUUAUUACAGUAUAUGUGAUUUUUUUUUUAAACCCUUACACCUUUGAAAGACAUUUGUUUUAUGGUAUACUGUUGUCUGUCUGCCUGUUUGUCCAGGCAUGUAUUGCAAUUACUAAAGAAUGCUGUUACAAAUUCGUUAACAAAAAAAACACAAUGUUAGAUUGAAUGAAUACUAGCUACCUAUAGAUUUAGCAUUUUCAGAUUAUUUGACAAAGUAAUAUAAAGGGAUAAACCUUUAUGGGCUAGUUGUACCAUUUUAAGGUAUUUUUUAACAACUGAAAGUGCAAUAAAGGAAUUAAAUGAGAGAAGGGUAUGGCACAUAGAUAUACAAUUAUUGUUUUUGUCUGUAUGAAUAUAUAUGUAAUUCUUUUCUCAGGAUUUGGCUAUGUUUGGUAUUCAUUUCUCAGAAGUCAUUGAUAAUAUAAUCCUUUUUUAAUACAAAAUCAAUCAACAACAUUUCAGUUUCAGACUGAGUUGACUUUGAUUUAUUUUGUGUUACAGAUUUAUUUCUUGGGGCCCAUCAAUUUUUCAAAAUUUAAUUUCCAUCAGAAAUUUAAUACGUUCUGGUAUACACUUAAAAACAUUAAGAAAAUCACUGCCUUUCAAAUAUUCUAACUAAAUAAGUGUCUGAUCAUUAUUGAUAGAGCACUAUAUUACCUGUUACAUACAAACAUAAAAGUAUAGUCAUGGGACAAAAGUGAGUUCUCACUCAAAAAAAGUCUUAUCAUUUCAACUUAAAUCGAUAUUUUUCCAAAAAAUAUUACCAAGUAACUGUAUUAGUGAUUU